UUGACAAAUAAAUAAAACCAACAAAAUUGUUAUGUUUAGCGUUCUUUGAUUGUAAAAUGUGCAUUAUUUGGAAUAAAUUGAUAAAAAUAUGUUAAUAUGAUCUAAAAUCUAAAUCCUAAGUCGUAUUGACACGGUUUGUAAAAAAUAUUCUUUACGAUGGUACAAUUAAGUUCUACACAUACAGAGAAUUAUUGCUAAUAAAUUAAAAUUUUGGAUAUUUUCAUUUGCUUGCCGGCAGAGUUGAGCCUGCGACCAGAAUCUCUAUGUAACACAGUAAAAUUGUUUAGAAUUUCUGGAAGUCUCUAGAUACUGUGGUAUGCCUGAAACUGAAAAGGCCAUUUGUGUUAUAGGUGCAGUAUGGACAUACACUGCUACAAUCACAUUGUUAAAACUAUAUGAAAAUAAUUUGGGAUUGUUGGAAACCCCUAAAAAGAAAACAAGGAUAUGGGUUGCCAUUUCUAAAAGUUUGAGAGAUUUCAAUAUUGAGAUGUCAGCUGAUCAAGUCAGAUGGAAGAUAAAUGCACUGACAAAAAGAUACAAACAGUGUGUAGAUAUAGGUCAACCAGUAAAAUUCAAAUAUUUUAAGGAAAUGGAUGAUAUUUAUGCAAAACACAAUUUAGAUUGUGAUACAUUUGUUUUAGGCGAUUGCAUUGACAAAAAAAAAUAUCAUCAACAUGGUAGUACAAACAAUUUCAAUCCACCAAUACAAAUAAACAGUGAAAGUAAAGUUAUGAUUGAACUGCGUAAAGCAAGAUUUGCAAAUAGAAUUGAGUCAGAUAGAACUCAAAGCAAAUUAUAUUUAGAGAAACAGUGGCUUGAAUAUCUAAAAGGGCAAGAACAGGAGAGGUUAUUGCAAGACAAGUUAUUUGUCCAAAAUCUAAAGUUAAGGGAAGAAGAGUUGGACUUGCGUAGGCAAGAGUUGGAAAUAAAGGAAUCUGUGGAAUUACGAAAGUUACUAAUAAAGGAUAGAGAACAAGAUGAAUUGUUAAGAAUUGAAAAGGAAAAAUGUGAAAUGCUGGAACAGUUUCUUCAUAACAAAGAUGAUAAUUUGGUUCCACAUUAAUCUGAAAAAGUGUCAAGUUUAAAAGUUUCAGUCAGUGUUUAUAAUGUUGCACACAAAUCUCUAAUUCAAGUCAAAAGUAGUGCCAGCAGGCUUGUCAAUUAUAUUUUUUAAACCUG